AUGGACUUCAGACCGCUGGAUCGCAUGGGCGAUUCUGACGAUGCCAUUCUUGAAGUGCCCUAUCGACCCUUUUACAAUCCCUUUAAAAUCUCUCCGGUUCUCGUGAAGCAGGGGAACGAGUACGAGAGGGCUGUAUUCAAAGAGAGACCUUUACUGGGUGUGCUGCUUUUCGAUAAUGUUUCUUCGGAUGCGAGGGAUCAUGCAGCAAAUGAGAGAACAUUUUUAUCGUGGCUGAAGUUGAGCGUGUAUAUGGCGAUUGUCGCAGUAGCCAUAGUACUCUCUUUUCAUCUGAAGACGAAGCCAUCUGCUCUUGAGCAUCGGGUUGCACUGCCGCUGGGCUUGAUAUUCUGGAUUCUUUCAUUGGCUUGCCUUGUGUCUGGGCUCUCAAACUACAUCAACACGGUGACACGUUACAGUAAACGGCGAGCAUUGGUACAGUCUGGGUGGAAAACACAGGUCGUAUUUACGGUCGUUUCAACCGCCAUAGUGGCAGCUUGUGUUCUAUUCCUGUCUAUCAAUGCAGACAAGGAAUAG